AUGGCAUAUAAUGAGACGUCACUUGUGGCGCAAUUCAAUGGAGCCUUCCGUUGUGCCACCACUGUAGUUGUACGUACAUCAGCAGCAGAGACAAUCCACCAAGCAACAGCAACAACAACAAGAGAUGUCUCAGUUAAGCAACGUCGAGAAAGCCUAAGUAAGACAGAAUUAGGUGUUGAAUUUGGUAGCAAUAGCAACCCUAAUAGAAGAACUAGUACAAAUGGUAACUCAUCAUCACAUGCUCUUCCACUAGAAGGUACACAGAGCAAUUUAUGGUUAGCUCGAAGUGAUGGAAGUAUAGAAAUUCGUCCUACCAUGUUACCAGAUCGAGCAAUAGAUCGUAUAGGUCGUAAACCACAUGCUUUGGUCACUUCACUUCUUCAAAUUGGUCACAAUCGCGUUGUUGCCGGAUAUUCAGACGGAUUUCUUCGCGUCUAUGAUGCUGUUACUUUUCAAGAAUGUCAAAGUACCCGUGCGCAUACCUCGGCAAUAACAUGUAUGGUAUCUGUAACCAUGACAACUGUAUUGGGAUCUGAUGAAAUGAUUGGAUUUCCCCGUGCAUCUGUAUUUGUAACCGCCUCCUCUGAUUGUACUAUUGCCAAAUGGGAUGGAGUGACAUUAGAGUGCCUUGGCCGUCUGAAGGGUCAUCGCUGCGGGGUGACGGCUCUCGCAGCCACCAUCGGCGGGGCUUUUAUUUUUAGUGGAGGAGAUGAUGGUUCACUGAGGAUGUGGUCAUUAAUAGAGAAUAUGCAGAUCAUUGGAAAAUCCACCGCGCGAAAGAAGACAAGUAAAAAAGUCACAAAACAAAAAGAAUCAUCAUCAUCAUUGUGUUUAAAUGGACAAGAACCACCACCACCACCACCAUCAUCAUCUCAACAACAACAACAACAACAACAACAACAACAACAACGGCAGCCAAAAAUAAGCCUUCUAAAGUUAAAACAAAUACAACCUGAUCGUAGAGGUUCCAAUACAUUAGUGCGGACCACAGCAGUCUCAUCCAACGUAACCCCACGCGCCGGACGCACUUCCCCUGCAGUAUUCGCAAAAACACCACGAACCACACGGGCCACAUCCUCCAAUCCAUCCUCACGAAUAACAGGAAGACGUCCCACCGCAACGCGUGCACGAUCGGAGUCCCCAACUGGACGGCGCUCGCUAACAGCAAGACCCCAUAGUGCUGAUGUAAGUGUGCGAACACCGCAUCUCAAUUUGUUACGACGUACAGACAAAGUAGAAACGGAGAGUAGCACAGAUGAUGAGGAUGAGGAUGAAGAUGAUGAUGAUCAAGAUACCUCAGAUCGUGAAAACUUACCUAAUACACGUGUUCCAAGGCAAAUGAGUCCAAUACGUGGAAAUACUAGAGUUAAUGCUAAUGGAAAUGCUAAUGCUACUCCUGCCUCUACGGCAAUAGUGGCAGGAACUGAAGAAUCGAAAAAAGGACGAAAAGGUGUAAAAGUGAAAAAGAGCAAAAAAUCUCGUGUAUCACAAUUUAGUGAUGUCUUUCAAGAAUUAAUGAAAGCUCUUGGAGAUGUCCCAAUAAGCCGUCGUCUUGCCCUUACACAUGGUUUUGGAAAUGAAGAUGUGGAAGGAGGUGUUCUUUUAUGGCCAAUAAAGCGUGAACAUCUACAGACGAUAACGUGUUUGGCAUUAGCGUGGGAUCGUUUAUUUUUGAGUGGAUCUCGUGAUGGUACAACCCGAAUGUUUGCAUUACCUUCUGGACGAAUGAUUCGUACUAUUCAUCGUUCUCAUGCUCCAUUAACAGGUCUUGCUGUUCAUGAAUCACGGUGUUUAUUAUGGAUUGGUAGCGCCGAUGGAUGUUUUUCUGUUUAUGAUUUGUUACAUCCAAGUAUUGUACAAGUUCACGCUUGGCGUGAUCUUAGCAUAACCCACCCAAUAAUAGUACCAAUGUUGAAGAAUGAGACAAUGAAUCAAUUGUGUGUGUUUGCUACUUCUACUGGUACCCAUGGAAUGAAUAAUUCUCCUUCUAAACGAAAAGGCGUUAGAAGUACAUCUCAUUCUGUUGAGCGGGAGUUAUCUUUUUCUGUGGGAUCUUCAGGAUUACAAAGACGCACAAGUACUUCACCUAUGCCUGUUAUGUCUACUGUAACUUCUAUUUUAUUAGAGGAUGUUGAAGGUGAGUCUAUCACCGAUAUACGUCAAUUACGUACCUUGGAUAAACAAUUUGUAGCACUGCAAAAUUUAGUUGCAGGAAGUGGAUUACGUGAAACUAUUUUUAGAAAUAUCUUACAUCGUCCUGUAACUCAAAAUGGUGAAGAACUUCCAGAAUUUCUACGUAAAGAAAAAAUAAGAUUAUCUAUCGCCAUGUCUUUCUCUUAUAUGAAGUUAUUACUACAAAAAUCCUUUGGGCGAUGGGAAAGAUGGAGUGUACGACGUGUGGCACGUUAUCGUUGUAUACGAAAAGUAUGUUUUUUAGCAUCACUUCAACAGGAACGUUUACUUGGAAUUUACUUUAGACGUUGGCAACGUCAAAAUGCAAAUUCUAUGGUAUUACGGGAACAUGUUGAUCUUUCUACUUUAGAAAAACGUGCCAAUAAUCUAUUUGUAGUUUUGGAUGAAAAAAAAGAAGUAACCAACUUUUCAAAUGGAAUAGGUAAUGCUCUUAAUCGUAUUAAUCGUUAUGGUCUCAUGCAACGUUACUAUUAUAGUUGGCACCGUUAUGCAACUGAGACUCGGCGUGCUGUUUUACAAGCAGCAGCCUUUAAUCGUUUGUAUUUAUCUUUUUGUGAUGUUAAGUUUGAUGAUGCUAGAUUUAUUUGGCAUCGUUUGACAACUACUGUAUCAAAAAAACAAUGGCGGAAACGAGCAAAUUGGCUCUUAGAAGAAUUAAUGAAAACACAUCAUCGUCAACAAUGUCGAGAUUAUAUGAAAAAAUGGCAAUUAUUUCUUCAACGUCAAAAAGAAGCACGUCAAGCUUUAAUUCUUGUUGAAACUCUUUCAUCUAUGUUAAUAGAUGAAGCUAAAUUACGAGAACGAGUUUAUUUUAAAUGGUAUCGUUUUGCUCUUUUUGAAGCAAAACUCCUUCGUAUGGAAGAUGAGAAAACAACAAUGCAUCGUGAAUGGAUUGUUGUACAAAAUGCGGUGGAUAGUACUGCAACCGUAUCUGAACUUCGUGACGAAAAAGAACAGUUAGAAAUGGGAAUUGCUCAAUUGGCAUUUGAACAUGAUGAAGUAGAGAGUCAAAAUGCGACUCUUCUUACUGAAAUUCAACAUUUACAGAUCCAAAAAUCAUUAGAGUGUUUACUCGCUGGUUACCGGGAUCCAACGGAUGUUAUUGUAUUAAAUCACCGUAGUAGUAGUAAUAGUAGUUCUAUUCCACGAAAUAGAGGUGGAAAUAAUGCUAAUCGUGAAAGAGUUAUGUUGUUUUUUGAUGAUGAUGCUAACCAUAGUGAAGUUGCAAUGUUAAGACAAGUUGGAUCGGUAUUAAGAGCACUUAAAGCUACAGCUGUACGUUGUGGAAAACACAGAAAUCUUAUCAUGGCUGCAAAUGAACGUACUUUACAAUUACCUAUCGUUGAACCUACUAUGGAAGGAAGUGAACGAAGUGCUAGUAUGUCACUUUGUUCUACUGGUGGAGAUUCUUCUGUAUUUCGAGUGGUUCCUAUUACUUCUCUUGCUGAAGGAAAAGUGCCAACAGAACGAAGAAAAAGUAUUACGAGUAUCACAAGUGUAUCAUCAUGCUGUUUAGCGGAUGAAUUUGAUCGAACUACACAACGUCUUCAAACUAUACUUACUGCUGCUGCGAGACAAGCAGGAGUUGAAUUAGAUGAACCUCUCACAAAUGUAAAUCCUACUUCUUUAGACUAUAGUAUUAGUAGUAAUGCCAGCAAUAGUGUUGGAAGCUUUGGAAAAACAGAUCGUACCUCAUUACGAUGGCUUAACUUUGUUCCACCUGCUACUCGAGCUGAGGUACUUCCACUUAUUCUUGAUCUAGUAGCUAUGUUUGACUCUAUUAAAGCUCAUAGUGAUACAGAAUUAGAGGGAAGUGGAAGAAAGAUAUCUACACGAGGAGCUCCAAUGAUUGUACCACUGCCUCUACGAAGUCUCUGUAAACCACAAACAGCUAUAUGGCUUGUACAACAUGCUGCCGUUUUAUUAGAAUUAAUGUCCCCUGGAAUAUGGCAGCGUCAUUUAAAAUUACGAGUUUUAGCAGAUGGAGUAGCAGAUUCUAAUAUGACUGUAGUCAGCAGUAUAGGAGCAGAGACAUCACCAGCUAGAUCCACCGUAACAACAGAGAGAACAUUUGGAACACCAAAUAAACAACGCAGUCGAUCAGAUCUCCCACUCUCUUCAACAGCCACACCACAGAGAACACAACGACAGGCAUGUCCUAAACUAUCUAUGGAGGAAGAGAAUAUGCAAACGAAACGUAGUCGUCCAAUAUCGUGGCGUGCACCUGUUUCUCGUGGUCAAAGUUGUAAUAAACCAAUAGCAUCAUCAUCUGCUUCAUCCUCAGCAAGGCGUUCUCCUGGAUUUGAUCGGAAAAAAGGUGUUCCUUCUGGUGUUAUGUCGACACCUCCAUUAAUACAUAGUCAUGAUAAUUUCAAGGAAGAUGAGAAUAGUGGACCAUGUCCUCUUCCACCUAUGUUAUCACCAGCACCACGUUCAGGUGCAUCUACUCCAACAAGGGCUUUACACUUAGCAACCACUACAAGACCUUAUCUUGGCUUUCGUGUUGCGGUUGGUCGAGAUGAUUCUGGUCGAACCACUUUGACAGUUCAUGAGGUUACUGAAACGUAUGUGAACAGUAGUACAGAUCUUAAACAAGAAGGUCCAGCUCACGCUGCUGGUUUACGUGCAGGAGAUCAAUUGGUACGAUUCGCUGGAUAUGCUGUAACUGAGUUAGCUGCUUUUAAUGCUGUUGUUGCUAGGCAUGUACGACCGUCGGCAUCCAUACCCGUUGUUUUCUCUAGAGAUGGUGAACUUUUAUCAGCAACUAUAGUUGUGGGAGAGAAAGACCGAAGUGGAGAAGGACUUAAAUGA